AUGGCAUCGUGGAAGUCUAUUGGUUUGUGGACAGUGUGUUUAGUGCUGUGCCUUUUAGGGAAGAUUUCGGGCUUAGAUAAUGGACUGGCUCUGACACCACCAAUGGGCUGGUUGGCGUGGGAACGGUUUAGAUGCAACACGGACUGUAAAAAUGACCCAGAUAAUUGUAUAAGUGACCGGUUAUUCCGCACAAUGACCGACAUCCUGGUAUCGGAGGGGUACGCGGCGGUUGGCUACGAAUACAUUAAUUUGGAUGACUGCUGGUUGGAACGGGAGCGCGACUCUCGAGGCAGGCUGGUACCGGAUAGAGAGAGAUUCCCUUCGGGCAUGAAGAGCUUGGCUGAUUAUGUACAUAGCAAAGGUUUAAAAUUCGGCAUCUACGAAGACUACGGGAACUUCACGUGCGCUGGGUACCCCGGUGUAGUCGGACACUUAAGUGGAGAUGCUAACACGUUCGCUGCCUGGGGUGUGGACUACGUGAAACUAGACGGAUGUUACGCCCUACCUGCCGACAUGGACUAUGGUUACCCUGAAUUCGGCAAUCAGCUGAACAAGACUGGAAGACAAAUGGUCUACUCGUGCAGUUGGCCCGUUUACCAGAUAUAUGCUGGUAUUCAGCCCAACUUUUCAUCCAUCAUCGAACAUUGCAACUUGUGGCGCAACUUCGAUGACAUUCAAGACUCAUGGGCUUCCGUCGAAUCUAUAAUAGACUACUACGGAAACCACCAGGAUAUCAUCGUGCCAAAUGCUGGACCUGGACACUGGAAUGAUCCCGACAUGUUGAUCAUCGGAAACUUUGGCCUAUCAUACGAACAGAGUAAGACGCAAUUCGCGAUCUGGGCCAUACUUGCAGCGCCUCUACUCAUGAGCGUGGACCUCAGGACCAUCCGGCCCGAGUACAAGGCCAUCCUACAGAACAGGAAGAUUAUUGACGUUGACCAGGACCCCCUCGGCAUCCAGGGCAGAAGAAUAUACAAACACCGCGGAAUAGAAAUCUGGUCUCGGCCGAUCCUGCCAAUACAAGGUAUCUACUACUCCUACGCAGUGGCCUUCGUCAACCGCCGGACCGAUGGCACGCCCUCCGACGUGGCCGUCACCCUACGCGAACUGGGACUCAACAACCCUGCUGGGUACAGGGUCGAGGAUCUGUACGAGGACGUGGACUACGGCGUGCUGUCGCCGCAGACGAAGAUCAAAGUGAAAGUGAACCCCUCAGGUGUGGUGAUCCUGCGCGCCGACACGCAGCCCUCGUACUUGUUCAACUCGAUCCCGACGCGGACGCCCUACGCGCCACUCAACGACGUGUUCCGGCUUACCAACAAGUAA